AUGGGUUUUUGUCUUACUAAACCACAAUGCAUGAAAGCGUUAAAAAAGGCUGAUUAUCAAGCAAAUUUUCAGAAAAUAAAAUUUUUACGUGCCUCUGUUCCUUUUAUUGCAGCUCCACCAUCGUCUUUGUGCGUGACUACUACUGGCUCGUACCUCUAUAAUAAUGAAUUUCUCUAUUCACCUACUUCUCAAAUUUAUGCAGCUGACAUGUUAAAUAAUCAAUUUGGUGUCUAUAAAGCGUACGGAUAUGCGAACGUCACUUCAACAGCACUUUGGAUAGCACCUCAAACCUCAACUUCCCAAACAAGCUAUCUUGCAUUACAAACAGAUCGUCAUUUGGUUGUUUAUACAUCGGCUAGUGGAGUGCUGUGGUAUUCCAACACCGUCAAUGGUGGUAUUGGAAUUCCAUUCUGUUUACAAAUGCUAGAUUCAGGAAAUCUAGUUUGGACUGAUUAUUCUUCAGCAAUUGUUUGGCAGACAAAUACUGCACAAACGGGAUAG